GAGGUAAUUCAUUCCAUCCGCAUUGUUUACUGUAUGAGUCAUAGGAAAAUGAAAGUACUGUUGAAUUUGGAAAACCACGUUUAAAGCAACUUAUAAUCGUAGGAGGUUUAUGGAUUUUGAUAAGUCCCUUAUUAUUGGGCAUUUAUUGAUUAAAAAACAAACAAGAUGGGUGAUCGGUGUUCUGAGGUGAAAGAGCUUCAGCAGCGGAUUUAUGAGGCAUUAUUGAAGUCAGAGGAGGUCACCCACCUCAUUGAUGGGUUAAUCUGUGUCAACUGCCCCCUGGGGCAGAGGUAUCAGCUGCUACCCAUGGAGGAACUCUUCAAGGACAACAGCAAUUUUUUGGAGGGAAUCAAGAAGAUCGGAGUGGCUCUGAAUAUUUUGGAAAAGUACUGCCGCCACCUACUAAAACCUCCAGUUGAGAGGUCACAGAUGUGGCGGGUCGUCAAGUUUUCCAACAACAUCUUCAGGGACAGAGUCGACUGUGUUGUGGGAGGGAGAGACAUCAUGAAGCUGAUGGGAUAUACCGAGGACAUCCAAGAUGGACUCCAGUUUCCUAACUCUGGCCAAACAAAUGAAGAGCAACUGUAUCGCCUGCUGGCCGACAUUAUGUGUGGGAAGAGAGAGCUAGAUGCCUAUCUAACAAAUUAUCACCCUUAUCCAGAGAGGGUGGAGAAUUUACUGCCCCAUCAAACAGUGCUGGAUGUGGCAAGCUUUCAAAAGAACUGGAUUCAACAAGGAAAUCUACCCAUGAGAAAAUUGAAGCCUGUAGCAAGCAUUGCAUCUAAUACGCAUACAGAAUCUAGACUGACCAAUCAGCAAAGAUCAUCAUCCAGUAGUUCCUCCUACUCUGACAGUCAGCUAAUGAGGCAGGACGUAACAAAUCAAGUACAGCAACCAAUCAGAGAGGCUGUAACUGAAUCAAAACUAUCCAUUCCAAGUGCAUCUCCGUCUAACAAAUCUGGUGGACAAAGAACAGGCUCUAGUGAAGUGGAAUCUCCACAGUCCAGCAUAGUGUGCGACAUCUGUGGUCAGUCAGUAGCCAUGUUCAUGUGUGGUCGCUGUGACAACAAACAGCUCUGUACAGCCUGUGACGAAAGAUGGCAUCAGCACCCAAAACGCAAAAAUCAUGAUCGCCAGAAAUUAAGGAUGUCGAGUACAGAACAGAACUCGGAUGACCAUGAAUAUCUGUCAGCCAAAGAGAGCCAUGCUCUUAUUCCUUCACCUACCCCACAGCAAACACACGACCAGCUGCCACAAGAAGUACUGCAGUACGCCACGCAAGACGCCACCCAAAAUCAGCCAUAUUACUCCACCAGUGAACAACCUCCAUAUUGUAUAAAGCCGAUCGUGACUCCAUAUUCCGCUGGUUCCAAUGUAAACCAGUCUCACUAUGUAAUGUCUGCCAACAAUAACAAUAUGGAUUUAUCUACAAUGCACCACUCUGUGCAAAAUGUUCCAGGCAUGGAGGAACACCACCCCCAGGAGGGCUUAAUAUCAGGACUGCAAUCACAGCCAGGGACUCUACGCAGAAUGUCACAUGACCCAAACAUGCAUCAGAAUGUGUACCACACUCUGCCUUCUGUGCCCCCAAGCAUGCAGAGAGCAGCUCCUGGGGGACCCCCCACCUCCAAACUAUUGGACAAGAUUUUGGCCAUUCCCGACCUGUACAGAAGAAAAUCCAAAAUAGAGAUUCACUUGGAGACGCUGCAGGAAGAAAUUGAUAACAUCGAGGUCAGAAUCCAGGAAUGCAUAGCUCAGAAUGCAACGUUCUACGAAGAUGAAGAGUAUGGUCGUCUGUUCAGGAAAAAAGGAUUCCUACAGAGGGAGAAGAUAGAGCUGGAAAAAUACGAGAAAGAGCUGGAUAAGGUUCUGGUCCAGCAGGAUCAGAUGUAUUACCCCUCACAGUGGCCCCUCAAUUACCAGCAGCAAGUGGGGCUGAGUAGCCUUCCCCUCGGACAUUUGCCCUCGGUCAAUUCUCCCGGCGGGGUUAACCCACCGCACAGUGGAGUGUUCAUCUUCGUUCCAAACUCGUAUCAAAGCAGUCCUCCAGUUUACCCCAGUGAAGGCCCUAGUCCGAGCAUGGCCAUGCAAAGCCCUCCUUCAUUUUAUGGUCAUCCAACAGGGCCUUCUUCAUACUUUCCCCAAACAGAGCAGAGCAUUCAGUGUACAUCGCCUCAUAACCCGCUGCUGGCAUAUCAUUCCAAACAGAACUCUCCACAAACCCCAAAAGUAUCGCCACGUAUGCAUGGGAAUUUUCCAUAUGUGAAUCAACCAUUAAAUCAGUCACCAAAAUCUGGUACUCUUCAGCAGAAUGUGGAGCACAGGAGAAGUCAGUCCAUGUUUCAGGAAAGAACAGAAAAUACACCUGUGCAUGCCCAGAAGCAUACCCCAGAAAGACCAAAUUUACCUUUAAUGGAGGAGAGAAAGGUCUUUCAAGAAAACAGAGCCAACGAGUUUCAUCGCAGGCAAACCAGUAGUAUUGUAGAUGAGAGGAAACCUCCAAGUACCCAGCAAGUUCCACCUCCCCCGAAAUUCCAUGACAUGCCAGUAUCUGCAAAGACAGUGUAUCAGAAUUACCCCCCUCCUGCAGACCUACAAAUUGUUCCCCCAUUAGAUUCACCUCCAGUGCCCAUUCCACCACGGAUCCCCAAGGAACCCCCACCCCAGAUCCACAAACCCAAAGUGGAGGGGUACGGAUCCCCUUGGAUCUGUCAACAUUGCACCUUUCACAAUGACCCAGAUACUAGGGUGUGUGCAGUUUGCUUCAAGACAAGUGAUAACCCAAAAUUUGUACAACAAGGCAGUGCUAAUACAGGGAGUUCGGUGAGUGACAGCCGACCAAUGAAUGACCUGAACAGGCCACAGAGACCUCCGGCCCCUGGGGUAGAGAAAAAGCAGCCAUCUGCCACUGGGGCCCAACACAGUGAUGUCUCUAAAAUAAUUAAAGAAGCGUCUACAGCAGGGGACAAAAUCAUGCAGCAUUACGAUGAGAUAUAUCAUGAGAAACAAGAAGCUAAGCGCCAGUUUGAAGAGCAGCUAGAGAAAGAAAAAAAGAAGGAAGCAGAGGAAAAAUUCAUACAACAAACACUGGCUGAUCAGUUGAAAAAAGCAACCAUUCAGUCCCCACCAUCAGCACAGGUUCUGCCCAAAAGUACAAGCCCAAACAGGAGCAACCAAAAGCCAGGGGAACAGUUGUCAUUCCCUGUGACAAGUGAAAAAGCUACUGAGCAGUCUCAGCCCCUGAGUAAAUCUCCCAGCAACAAAAAGGGCCUUACUUUUCCAGAGACAAUGGAGGCACUGGGUAAACAGUUUUGGGAGGACCACAAGGACAUUGAGACUAAAGAACAAGGGCUGAGUAAAUCACCCAGGAACAAACAGGGUCUGAACAUUACGGAGACGGUGGAGAAAGUGAAUCAACAGAGAAUGCAAAACUUGAUGGACAUCGAGGCCAAAGAACUAGUUGGUUUCUUUAAGGAAGCUGAAAAGGAAGGAUUUGAUACUGAUGAAGGAGAGCUUGCAGUAGAAAUGUGUGUAAGAGACCAGUUACUUCCCUUGCAAUGGCUGAAGCAGAUCUGGAUGAAGCGGGUGAAAUCUGUCAUGGCUGAAGUGGCAAAGGCAGGAGCAGACAUGAAUGAAAACGAGGUGGGGGAGUUGUCUGAGGCAGAAGCCAAGAAUUCUCUAAAGGAAACCAAAGGAGAUGUUGAAGAGGCUGUGAAAAUCUGUACUGCAAAAAGAUGCAAACUAUACCAAGAGAUAUGUAAGGUGGACAACAGCUUUCCAAGAGAAGAGAUUCUGCAGGCCAUGUUGUCAUCUAAAGGGGAGUUGGAGGAAGCUCUAGACCACUUAAACUCUGACAGCCUGCAGCAGUUUACUGACCAUCUCUGGGAGAGGGAGAACUCUUCCCUGCAGGGUGAGGACGAAGCUGAGGGUGUAAGUGAGGCUCUGGCGCUGUCUGAUGUCCAUGAUGCCUGUUUAAGUGUCACCAACAGCGUGCUCAAACACAAUCACUUCCAGCAGAUGGUCAGAAACAAAGACAUUAGCUCUGAUCGGAGGUCCCGGAUGAUAAUGGUGGAGGGUAAGCUACAGAGCUGGGGGCGGGCAGAGACCGUGCUGAAGAUCCUGGAUAUAGAUGUGGCGGGUAAGAAACUGGAGGCCACCCUGGAGGACAUCGUAGAGGCGGUGUAUAACUGUGGGGACCGUCAGAGCUCCCUCGUCUACCUACAGCAGGAGUGCCAGUGCUGUUUCACUUACUUCCCCAUGAGCAAGAUAAGAACUUUGAAUUGCCCAUGUAAAAUCUGCUUUGACUGCAUGAAGAACUACUUUGAGUUGAACAUUCGAGAGAAACACGUCAGGAACCUAUGUUGUCCAAUAUGUCAGCACCCAAACAUGGACAACACUGAAGCGGCCAAUGAAUACCUGUCAUUCCUCACCAUGCUGUUGAAUACAAUGGUUGGUCCAGACAUUCGAGAAAUUUAUGAAACCAAGCUGCGGGACUGGCACUUACAGAAAGAUCCCAACUUCAGAUGGUGUGCCCAUUGUGGCAACGGUUUUAUCAACAUCGGAGGAGAGAGAAACCCAGCCAUGCAGUGUCCAUAUUGUAACAAGAAGACAUGCUUCAACUGUAAAAAACAGUGGGAGGAUCAGCACGAGGGUCUGACCUGUGAGGAGUAUGAACAAUGGAAGAUUGACAACGACCCAGAGAACCAGGCCAUGGGCCUAGCGGCUCACCUGGCCACCAAUGGAAUCGAUUGUCCAAGUUGUAAAAUGAGAUUUUCCCUGGCUAAGGGGGGCUGCAUGCAUUUUAAUUGCCCGGAGUGUGGACAUGAAUUCUGCAGUGGAUGUUCUCAGAUGUUUGAUUCUAAAGGAGUGUGUAUGAAGUUCAAGAGUUGUCGGGGAAAGGGCCUGCACUGUCACCACCCCCGAGACUGUUUCUACUAUCUCCGUGACAACUCAGUCGAGGAGCUUCAACGUCUUCUUAAGGAGAAAAAUGUGAAGUUUGACACGGAGGCUCCUGAGCAUCAGGAGGACCAGCGACACUGUCCUGUGAUGGAGCUAAAAGAUGUCCAUGAGGGCAAGAAGGAUGAGGCCUGUGGUAAAGAUGUCAUUGCCGGCCACGCAGGGCUCUGUGGGUCGCACUACAAAGAGUACUUAGUUAAUCUGAUCAACCGAAAUAAAGUGGACCCAGUCUACAUUAUGGAUGUUUCUGAGAUGAUACGCCUGAUUGAGCGAGAGGAGAAGACCCCUCCUCAGCGGAAACCGACCUAUCAGGAAUCUCAGUACCGCAAAAAGCUGAUACAGUUUAUCAAGGAUAAAAUACCUUUGCAAAGAUGAAGAUGUUGCUGUUUUAUUUAAAUCAUAUAUAUACAUGUAAUUCAUAUACACCGGUAAAUCACUUUUAAUUAUAUUCCAUUGUUGUGUUUGUUUGUUUUAAAUUUUAUUGUGCUGUCUGUGAUAAAAGUUGUGAGGGAUUUUUAUUCAACUCAAUAAAAUCGAUAUAAAU